UGAGAUGGUGGGCUGAUUCUAAGGUGAGAAUGAGGAAGUGGCUGAGUGCUCUGAUAUUUAAAACAGCGUCAGAACCACAGCUCUGCUAGAGCAGAGAGCGCAGCUACUCCAGAAGGAUCGAAAGUCUGCUUUUGUAUUUCAGGCAACAUGCAUCUCCUGAUAUCGCUCUCUGUCUGUCUUCUCUUGGCUGUGACUGCCGUGGCUCAAAAGCCUCAUCCUUGCCAAUCUCCUCCUUUAAUGGUCGGACGUGCCAGUGUGAUUUACCCCAAGGGGGAGACAUAUGUGUCUGAAAGAUUUACCUAUGAUGCUCUGGGAAAGAGAAUAAGGGUCAGGAUGCAAGGGGUGGAGCACAACCACUCCUUCUAUGAAGACGUGCUGAUGCUCUUCCGAGAGAGUGUGGUGUAUCAAAUAAGCUACAGAAACAAAACCUGCACAAAGAAGCCCUUCAAAGUGCCCUUUCAGCCAAUAGAAAUCCCCCAGAAUGCCACGUUCCAAGCCCAGAUCAUCCUUGGGAGCUCCUCUGGUCCUGGACUGGGGCUGCUGGUCAAUAACUGGAUGGGAGAAAUUCCUGAACAGAAAGUAAAGUUCAGCACAACGUUCACAGAGUUUGGGUGCAUCCCCGUCUCGACCCUUUACAUCAGUGACAAGGACGGCUGGUUGAUUUCAAGUUUCUUUGACAUUCUGGUCGGGAUUGAAGACCCCCAGGACUUCAUUCCUCCUGAUUUCUGUGACACAACAAAACCAGUGGACAAUGAGCAGGUGGUGACUGACUUCUUUGAAGCCCUUAAGAAGAAUUCAUUUUCCAACAAUUGAUUCAGUCAGUAUACUGUACUGAAAAUGUGGUUCUUUUUACGGUUGAUCUAGAAGAGAAUGUAAUUAUUUCUUGAUUUUUUUUUUAAUCUAGAGGAAAAUGUUGGAGAUGACCAAUCACUGUUAAUAAUAAUGAUAAAACACUUCAUUUCUGCUGUCUUAUGAAUAUCAGAAAACUCAGAACAUGUGAAACUUAGCUUGAGGGAUGACUAAUUUGAUGCUUUUGGGUAUGAACCUGUAUGCCUUAAUUACGCUGAAGGAGGGGUGAAUUUUGAAACAUUUCCCAUGAUCACUGUUCAAAAAAAGAGAAGUUAAAUAUCUGAAAUGUCUUCUUUGAUAAAAAUCGCUGGUGGUGCCCUUACAUUGAUGAUAUUAGAUUACAUUACAAGCAUUUAGUAACACCACAUUAUCCCAUUACACUUUUACCUAUUUCAUUUACAUAUUAGUUUCUAUUGCCAAUGUUUUAAACCAGGUAAACUACAAGGGAAUUGUAAGAAAAUGUUUCAGAACAAAAGUAUGCAAUCAGUACUUGCAAUCUGGACUCUAUUGGCUAAACACUUCUAUGACCAUGUGUGCAAUCUCACCUCGAUCUGGGUAGUGGCUGAAAAGCUAAAUUAUCAUAGCCUUUUUUCAUUUUAUCAAAACAUGUGAAAUACUCUCAUACGUGAUGUGCACUGACUUGUUGAUGAUAUAGCUGCAUGUUUGUUUUUUUUUUACAAUUAUGUGAAAAUGUGAUAUAUGCAAAUACAUACAAUAAAAAAAACAAUAAUAACAUCAUGCAUAUAA